AGAGGAACUGACGAGAAGAAUGAGUCUGGAAUCUAUUGUAGAAACCUUGCGAGAGGAGGCGCAGGAAGCGGAAGCUCUCCAGGAGGAGUUAAAUGAAAAGAUUGAGAGACUGAAAGCAGAACUUGUGGUCUUUAAGGGUCUGAUGAGUGAUCCCAUGACAGACCUGGACACAAAGAUUCAAGAAAAGGCCAUGAAGGUGGACAUGGACAUCUGUCGGCGAAUCGAUAUCACAGCCAAGCUGUGUGAUGUAGCGCAGCAGCGCAACUCUGAAGACGUUUCCAAGAUAUUCCAGGUGACUUCCAAGAAGAAAGAACGCAAGCUCACAUCUGAUGAUGACCUCUCUGAACAGGAUGGAGACAAUGGCAGGUUCUCUGACGAUGAGGUCAGCUGUUCUUUGAACAUCACGGAUGAAAUGAAGCGUAUGUUUAAUCAGCUGCGCGAGACAUUCGAUUUUGAUGACGACUGUGAUAGUUUAACGUGGGAGGAGAAUGAGGAAACAUUGCUUCUUUGGGAAGACUUCACAAAUUGCAAUCCUUCAAUUGACCUCCAAGGAGAGGAAGAAAACCUGGGAAACUUGAUCCACGAAACAGAGUCUUUCUUUAAAACGAGAGACAAGGAAUACCAAGAAACAAUAGGGCAGAUAGAGCUGGAAUUGGCCACAGCCAAGAGUGACAUGAAUCGCCACCUUCAUGAAUAUAUGGAAAUGUGUAGUAUGAAAAGGGGCCUGGAUGUACAAAUGGAAACCUGUCGUAGGCUUAUCAAAGGCUCAGCUGACAGGAAUUCUCCAUCUCCCAGUUCUGUAGCCAGCAGUGACUCAGGAAACACAGAUGAAAUUCAGGAUGAGUUGGACAGAGAGACGGAUGUGGAGCCCAUGGUCAGCUGAUACGUAGCUGGAGCUUUCCAGUGAAAGGGAAGACACAAGAAAAGAUAAAAAAACAGUACACUGAUGGGGGGAAAAAACAAAAAAAGACUUGUAAGCCCUUGCACAGGGUUUCUAAGGACUCAUUCCUACACGCAUCCCCACCCCACCCAAGGAUUGGUGCUGUAAAUUUCUAUUGUUAUACAAAUCAUAAAUGCAGAGUCCUGUAAGAAAACAUGGUGUUUUAAUUGUGCCUUUGCCCCAAGCUGAGCCACUUUGAGCUCCAGUGGAAUAUUAAUAGCAGGUGUUUUUAUAAAAAAAUAUUAUUUAAAAAAAAUCUGGUAGCAGCAGAAAAUGGUGCUGCAAAGGCUCUGGGUAUUUCAAUAAGCUUACGGUUUUAUUGAACUGCUGCACUGAUUGGCAAAAGGAACACUGGCAAAAUGAGAAGUGAACCCAGCACAAUUACGGUACAAUUACCAAUGUCUGGCACAAAAAAGAAUGCCUCUAAAUUGAACUGUAAACAUUUGAAAAUAAUAAUGGGUUUAGAAGACAGCUUUUAAGAUUAAGCAGUUAUACAAUAUUAAAAGGAAUUCUUCAUUCCAUGUUUUUGGGUGAAGGAGCCUUUGAGAUUUGUACAAGCUUUCUGCUAGACUCCAGAAUCGGACAACGCAGGUCUCAGCUCGGUGGCAAAGCAGGUGGACAAAGGAGGGUUCAGUGGGGUGGGACUAUCACUGAUAAACUACUAUGCAAAAAAAAAAAAAAAAAAAAAGCUCGCCUUAUUUAUAUGGAAUGUUUGGUCCCUGCUGAGCUACAGUUAUCUCUUGGGGAAAGGAAAGCUAAAACCACAUUUGCACAUGUUCGUUAUCUGUAGAGCUUCUUUGAGGAGGAAUGUCGUAUUACAAUGCCUUUGUUUCCAGUGAUUGGAUUAAGAGGGGAAUCAGCCCUUCAGUUCCCGUGUCGUUUUGUGUUUUCUUUUUUCAGGAUUUUUUUUUUUUUUUGAACCAUAGUGUUUGCAGAUAUUACUUUGCUGACAGGGAGAUAACUCCAUUUUAUGCUGCUUUCAUGAUGUUUAGAGUGGGAUAGAUGAAGCAUCAGGAUAAACUGACAUGCAGUGGCAUAGAUGUAGGCUUGAGAUGUGACACUGGGAGAGUUCCAGACCACUGUUUUUCGGAAAAGCUGAACAUCAGAAAAUACUGUAAUCCUUUUUAGGGCAUAGUAAAAUGAAUCCCAAACUACUGCUGCCCUAGAAUUAGGGAAGAACAGCCAUGUGCUUUCUCUGUGAGAAAGUGAGAAGACCUAGGCUUUGUCAAUCUUUCUAUAUUUUUACAGAGGAGAAAGCAGCAUCAAAAGUCAGAUGACUUGGUGGUAUUUGAGGAAACUCUGGCAUCAUCAAGCUGUUCAUGGUUAUUAACGGGAAUUGUAGCACCUCAGCCAGGUAAAAACAGGGUAUAAACCUCAGCCAAUAAUUUUUUUGUUUGUUUUUUAGACCAAGAUUGAAAGUGUAGUUAAUACUGCCUAAAGGUAACUGUGUAGUUCACUAGCAGUUGCAAGACUUGGAGUAAAUACCAAAUGUAUUUUUUUUUCUGCCAGGAAGCUUAGAAAUUGCUGUGUAGGAGUAGUGCUAGGACUGGACAGGGAAAUACCCGAUUUAAGCACCCCCUCAGUGUUACGUAAAGGUAAGCUGGCCAAUCUUUGUAGCUUCCUGAGUAUUGUUUCCAAGCCUCUCUUAAGUGUUGAUCUGAAAUCGGUGGGGUUGCAUUGUACGCAUACAGCCAGUAUAGAUCAGCGUUGCUUUCUUCCGAAAAGAGCACAAGUCUCGGCAGAUGGCGCGUUCCUGGGCAGAAAUGCCUCUCCGUCUUGCACAGCUAUGCAGAGGGGCAGGACCUCAGGGGGUUUCUGCUCACACUGCAACGGCGGGUACAGUAAUGUCUUCCCAAUUUGAGUUUCCUGUGUUGCUGCCUGGAGUUUCAUCGCUGUUCAGAUCCGUCUCCUGCUUGGACACGCUGGUGCUUUUAGGCCACGUUAACCCAAUGGGCUCCCUGUGUUUUUCAGAGUGGGGAGGAACACUGGGAUGAUCCAUCUGGAUCCACAGUGCGGAGGCCAUGAUCCACAAUCAGUGGCUUCUGUCCAAGAAAAUGGAUCCAAGGAUAUUCUUUUGGUUUGCUUACCGAUUGAAAUACUCAGUGCAGUUAUUCAUAGGGGAGCUAGCAACUUCUUGGUUCUUGUGGUGUGGGUUAGGGGCUUUUUCAAAGCCUGUUUCAUCAUAUAGACAUAGAUAACUUUUCUCUGGAAAAGAAACCUUAUUCCAAAGUGCUCGUUCGUAUUAUUUCUUAGGUGGCCAAAGUGGUAAAU